AUGGAUGAAGAAAGCCCUGCAAUCCUAGCCAAACUGGAGACAGCUUACCUUGAAGCAAUGAACGAGCUUUCUGACAUGUCAGGAUGGGAGCCUAUUCGAGACUGAUCCGAUCUCUUUACAUUCCGUAAAAACACCGAAUCUGGCCUCGACAAACUAAAAAUCGAAUCAUACAUUGACAGGCCUCCUCAAAAAGUCUGUGACUAUUUUUAUGAAAAUUUCAGCAAAGUUUACUGUGAACUUAAUCCAGACGUUGUCGCUAAAUUUGAAGUUCUAAAACAUUUUUCAGACGGCACUGGGAGGGUGAAAUAUGACUUAAUUAACGUCCCAGUCCCUGGGAUUUCAAAAAGAGAAGCUGUAUACUUCUGCAAGAAACUCCAGUUUGACGAAAACACAUUUGGCUUUGUAGACACUUCUAUAGAUUAUGAAGAAGUAAAAGCUGACGAAGGCUCUAUAAGAGUAGAUUUAAAAUAUGGUCUUCACCUAUUUGAGCCUCUUGCUGGAAACCCAGCAAAAACCCAUUUAUCAUCCGUUUCUUAUAUACAUAAAAUGGCGUAUGGCGACCGACCCACCCUCUCAGUGGUGGUUACCCAUGUAUAUCCGGGCAUGGUUUUUGGAGCCAGGAUUAGCCCAACAACAUCUGGGACCUCGAAGCGAGAGGCCUAAGCGCGAGAGCCGCUGUUUUUGCGACCAGACCCAUGGGCAGUUAUUCGUGACUUCUUUUUGCCAGCAGCGCUCAGCCCAGUGAGUGCCCGAAAUGAGGCAGGGUGAAUUACCUGCCUAAGCUGCUUUAGUGGCUCGCCCCGAAUGGCGAAAGCUGUUGAGUUCUUUCUCGGGAUGACCGGAAAAGAGGGGAGGCGAGUUAGACACCAAAACGGGGUCUCUCCAGUUGAAAAGGUGCCCUUCAAUGGGCAGAUCUGGCGGACGACGAAGCGGAGUUGGCGUAAACUUAGGCGACGAUCCAAGUUGGAAAUGGAGGUGGUCAGCAAAGCCGGUAUGAGACGGCCCUUGACAAUGCCUCUACCGAGAAACCGGGGGUUUCGGCCCGGGCUUGGUGAACGCUCUGCCACCACACGGGAAACCGUGGCAUGCGACCUCGGACGUAGUAGGGACCUCAAAUACCCAGCGUAAUCUUAAUCUUAAUCUUAAUCAUCCGUUUCUUUAGCUGACCCUAAAGGAAGUAUCCCAGCCUCAGUCAUAAAUUUAGGAUUAGGCAAGAGAUCAGAUUUCUAUCGAACUUUUAUCGAUAUUCUCCUCAAAGAUAUUUAA